AUGGCCGAAACUCAGGUCACUGUGCACGCGGACAUUUUUGAUCGAGCCCCCGGCGGAGGCCAUCCCGGGGAACGGCUUCCCCGCUCCCUUGUUCCCCCCGACCGGCCACAAUCAGCCGGCUCCCAGCUUGGCGCCACUCAGGCGCCCUAUUAUUACGACUCGAGCCGGCACAUCGGAACUCCGGACAGUGGAUACGCUCCCGGGAGUGGGGCACGCAGCGUCGGUGGCCUCGGAUCGGGUCCAGCUUCGACUGCUCUCUCCUCAGGACCGGUUGGUGUCGGUGGUGUAGCCGGUGCUUAUGAUCGUGGCCCGCAUCCGGCAUCAAGUGGUCUGGACGGUGCUUCCGUCAUGAGUGGAUCUGAUUUUGAUCCUGGCCUACGCCGACCGGCUGGACAGACGGCCUCGAUUGACCGUAUCAGCCGGAGUGCCUUUGAACUGGACAUACCCGACCUGAAGAAUGUCCGAGAAGGUCGAGAGCGAAGUAGACAAGAGCUGCGUGUACUGAAUGAACGUUUUGCUUCACAUUUAGAAGUGGUGAGCCUACUUCACUUUGUAGCAUCGGCCUGGGCUGGGUAA